ACACACACACACACACACACACACAUGUAUAUGUAUUAUUACAUAUAUUUUAAGUGCAACACAAUUCUGCCAAACAGGCUUGAGUAAGCAUGCUUUCAUUGGUGUGUUUUUUUAAGGUGAUGAGGCUGUACCUAUAUUCCUGUGGAGGAAGUUCCAAAGAGUGUAUGAUGGUGAUAUUAGUUGUUAUGCUGAUAUGAACAUGUAUUCCAUGUGGAUAGUAGCAUCACUACAUUUGGCAAGAGGGAACACCUGUAGAUAUGCUGGGCUUAUCUGUUGAUGUGAAUGUGUACAUUCUGCACAUGUGUGGCUUCUGCAGAGCAUGUGCAAAGCUGACUUUUUAAAAAAUGUUAAUUUUGGUUCAGCCUAUAUAUUAUGAGCGUGCAUAGUGUACAUUAGAGACAUCUGGGAGUGGGGGGAUUAGGAGGCAGAACUGAUGCUGUGCCUUACACCACACCACUACCAUAAUGAAAACCUUUUCUUUCCUACCACAGAGUUUGCAGCAUUUCCUGGAAUAGGCAGGUUGCAGUAAAUGUGGAGAAAACAACAUGGGUCAAUGAGCACCUUGCAGGGAAGAACAGUACAAGCAACAGUUAGCUCUUACUCUGAAAGACAUUGCAAAUGAGGUCUCAGAAAAGGAAUCUGUACCAUCUAAAAAAGUUUCAUGCAGUUUGUUGGCCUCUGAAACUUUGUCAGAACCUUGCCCAAGCAGAAUGAAAAGUAUAGCAACAAAAUUAACAAAGCCUUGCUAUGUGCUUUUGAAAGACACCAACCAGCAAAGAAAAAAACAAAAACAUUGUUUAAUGCAUCCAAAUCCAAAGAAAUUGCCACAGAAAAUGCAAAACAAAAGGAAGGACGGUAUUUAUGAAAAACUAAAGGUUGCCCUGUUUGACUUGUUAGAUAAAAAUUGUACUGAAAAGCUAAAGACAUCCUCCAAGAUUAAGAAUGCUGAGGGACAACUGGAAUAUGAAAAAGUGAACAAGGUGGAAAGUGGCUUGGAACUCAACACUUCUGUUCAAGUGCUAAGUUCUGGAGAAUCGGACCCUGGGGAAACAAAUAAUGAUUUUGACAUUAAAGCUGAAAGAGAUACAGAGAUAUCUGCCAUAUGUGAUGAAGGUAUUUUUGCAAGAUUUUCUUCUAAGGAAUCAUGCCAUGAUAAUUCCAUUAUCCAUCAUUGUCAUGAAGAAGAAAUUGAAAAAGAGAAAGAGUGUUUAGAUACUUCUCCAAUUCAUGAGAUGCAAAAGCUAAAGAUUAAGUUUCUUGAACCAACUGAAAUGUUUAUGAAAUAUGAGAAUAAGUUGGUUAAAAAGGCAAAGAGGAAAUGCACAUGCCAUAAAAUAGAAGAGUAUCAAGAUCUGGACACAUCACCUAGCUUUUUAGGAGAAAUGUCAGGCAGUGAUACUAGUCAAAAUCUGAUAGCUACUUUUCAUAAAGAAGCUUUACAGACUCACAAAAUUUAUUCCUCUUUUUCAUCUGAAAAUUCAUUUAGUGAAACCAAGGUCUCCAAAAUAUCCAGAAUAAUGGGUGCGUCUUCUCUGUUGCCUGAUACAACUGUUGAGAAAGAAGACAUAUGUCAGGCAAACUCUGAAUUUGAACCUAAUUUUGUUUCAGAGGCUAAUCUUAAAAUAGACUUGAAGGACACAAUUUCUGACAUAACGAAAAGUGAGAUGUCUAUAGGAGAAAGAAUUGUUUCAGAUUCUAUGGAUGCAUCGGCUGAAGAAUUUCUCAAAGGACAAGUGGGUAUGGAAGAACAUGAGACUCUAAACCCAAACAAUACCUUGUCUGGGAACAAGAAUAUGGAUAGUUGCUGGUUUCUUCUGAAAAUUGAUGAAGUUAUAGAUCAGGAAGAUUCUGUGUGUGCCACAGAUGAAGAAAACAAAUUCAGAGACCUGGAAUGUGGAGAUGUUAUUUUAGAUCAUAGUCUUGACUUUCUAGAGUUGGAGAGCAAGUCAGGGUAUCAGUCAUUCACAGAUGGCACUGCAGUUACCAAGCUCAGUGAGAAAAGAAGAAUGUCAAGUGAUCACCAAGAGGACUUUGAUGGCGAAAUCAACAAUGUAGAAGAAAGUGUGAAUACUCAACCAGCCGAAGAAAACACUCAUGUGCAGGAGGAAGAAAGCCUGCGACCACAUCAAUCUCACGGUGUAAAAAUGGUCUUUUACGAAUAUUCUGGGUCAACAGUCAAACUCCUCGGAACUCAGACUCGCAGUGAUGAAAUGUUCACUUUGGGGAAGCUCAUAGAACUGGAGGAUUCGUCAGAUGACGAGCACAAGGAAAGCCAAGGCAACUGUGCUCUUCUGCUACCAAAUAGUAAGAAUGAAGGGAAGCUGUAUUCAGAAACUGUCGUUCAGCACAGGCCUUUGAAUUUAGAUGAUAGUAGGACAAAGAAGAAUAAGAGACGUCAGGGACCUAACAAGGCACCAGCUCCAGUUCACAGUUCUCAGCUGACUCAGGAACAAAGUCGCCGUAAGGUUAUGGAUGCCUUGAGGGAAGCUCUUUUGAAAAGGUUGGAUGAUUUGCCUGACCUGUGUGUACAGAAAAACACAGUCUUGAAGAUAGCAAAGAAAGUGGAGCAGGAGAUUUUCAAACGAUUUUGCUGUGUUGAACAAAACUACAAGAACAAGUACCGCAGUCUGCUCUUUAAUUUAAAAUCUGCAGAAAACCAGUACCUCUGCCGCAAAUUAAUACUCGGGGAGAUUACCCCCAAGAGACUAGUUCAGAUGAGCUCCCUUGAGAUGGCACCCCCGGAACUAGCAGAGUGGAGAGCCAAAGAGAACAAACGUGUGCUGGAAAUAAUAGAGAAAGAGGAACAAGAAGCACCAAGGUGUUGCUCUGCAAAAUUCAACCACAAAGGAAUUGUAGAGAUAGAGAGAGAAGCAGAAGAGGACUUGAUGUUCCAAGAAAUAUUUGGAUCACAGUCACCCAAGGAGGUGAACCAUAGUUCUGAGGUUCCUGGAGUAUCUGUGAGAGACCCAGAUGAUGUUCAGUGGAAUCAUUCUGAGGAUCCUAACUAUCUUAGUUGUUUUGGACAAAUUACUGCUGGCGGUGUGCAGGGAUUUAAGCCACCUACGUACAAGCACACUUUAAAAGAGAAAGCAGAUGCCACCAAACAUUGGCACCCAAGCACCAUGUACUCAGAGGAAGGAGAAAGGCCUCUGCAUGCGGACAGCCCUAUCUCACCUCACAUUCCAAAGAAACAUCGACGAGUGGAGAAGCAGUCCACGAACUCUUCCAUCUGGGAAGGAGUCAUUCACAUGUUCAGUGUGAAGCAAUUUGUGGCAAAAGCAUAUCCUGUUUCUGGAUCCAGCUGUAAUCUGUCACAGGCCUUACCACAUCUUCUACAGGGAAGGGGCUGUAUUCUCCCGGAGGAUGUCUGGGCCUAUCUAGACAGCAUAUGGCCAGCAAACAGCAAGGAGAUGGGAGUGAUAAGAUUCCACCCCAGCUUACCCGAAGGCUUUGACCCUUAUAACACACUGUAUUCCUACUUGAACAAUAAACAGAGAUAUGGCAUCCUGGACAGCAACCAGAUGGAGAUCUUCAUGGUGCCUUUAGCAGCUUACCAGCCUGUGCCUUCUAAACUGCACGCAUUUGGUGGUCCAGGGCUUGAGCCAUGCCACCCUUCUUUGUUGCUGGGACUAAUUCUGCCCAAGAGAACAUGUACGGGCAGUUUGGAAACAAUGUCUAAUCCUUUACCAAAAGCCAUGAGGAAGAAUAUCACUUUAAAGGACAACAUUGAAGCUGAUUGUUUUUCUCUUCCACAAGUGGACACUUGCCAGACAUGGCCACCACCACAAUUGUCCAUAGAUAGCCUUCUCUGUGGAAAUGAGGGGCCCCUGCUAGUCCUUCCAAGACAAGAGCCUUUAGCAGCUGAUGCUGUCUUUGUUCACCCUGAAGGGCUUGGUGGAGAGACAUUUCAUAGAGAUCCUUCCUCUUUGCGGCAUGAAGAGGCAGGAAAUGAAGCCAACCACUUUCCUGUAGGUGAUGCUCUCCAGUCACUAAGUAGUUCUCCUUGGGCAGUGGAACAGUGGAGCAACUUGAGUCUGGGAAUCUUGGGAGCACAGCCACAUCAGGACAGGGAUCAUGUGCAGCUCUGUGGUGAUUCUGAUGAAUCACAUAUCUGGAAGACUAUUGAGCUGCUUUUGUCUUCUAACCCUGUGUGCCCAGACCAACAUGAAGCAGAGGGAGCAAACCUAUUAGAUUCCCCAUUCUUACAGAGCAUCCUUUGUGCUGAUGCUGUGCCACCUUGCGAAGUGUCACAGGUUCUAUCUUCGCCCCAGAUUCCUUGCAUUGCAUAUGUUGCUGGAGAACCCAACUCAUUGUUGCAGGAAACUUUAUCCCUCAUCCAGCAUGUUGAGUCCCAACUCCAGACCCAGGAGCCUAAUACACAGAUGCCCUAAGAGCCUUGUGGCCCUCAAGGACUAAACUGUAGUUGUUUAAAAACAAAAUCCAAAGGAAGGGAAAGGUGGCCUUAAAGAUUGUGGUGAGGCAUGGCAGCCAUCUUCUAAUGCAAUUAAGAACUUAUCUCAGGGAAAAAGCGGGGGGUGGGGAGGAAACCUAAUAUUGGAUUUGUGCUUUUACUUUUCCAACAUUUUUUUAAUAUAUAUUUGCUUUUGCUGUUGUUCAUGACUCUCAUAAUCCUUGUCCUCUGGCAAGAUUUGAUCAAUGUUCAGAAUGUGCUGGUGGUUAAAAAGACAUUAUGACCACUGGUGAUGAUUUUGCAAGCCACUAAGAGGUGAAUAUUGAUGACCAAUUUUAUUAAGCAUUCACGUAACAAUUUUGGUAAGCCUGUCAGCUGUAUUGUCCUGCCAAGGAGAAUCUUGCCAUGCUUCUGUACCUGGCCAGAAAACUGGAGAACCAGUGGGAGAGAUAGUGUGAUCUUCACCUCUUGUUAGGAAGAUGAUACCACAUGGACUGGUUUGCCAAGUAAUGUUUGCAUACCACUUGUUACAGGGCCACCUCUAUUUUCCUGGAAAGCUUUCUUGCUACCAAAUUGGAUGCAACAGUCGCAGGUCAAUGUAUUGAGACUUGAAUCUCUGCCAACCAUAUUGUAAACAGGUGGGGAAUUCUAAUGGUAACAACAACAGCAUUCAGGUAGGGGGAAAUCACAUUGGGGAACAGACUGUGUAAGCUGCAACUGGUGGAAGGUUUAUCACCCUCUGUUUACCCUUCAAAUUGAGCAGAUCUGGGUUUUUAAAUUAAUGCACUUGCCACUGUGGUUCGUCUUGAUUGUUUCUGUAAAUGGUGUGAGCCUUGUCAGGCAAAAUCUCGAACAAUGUCUGUGGCAAAGCUGAUUGGUACACCACAAGCACAUUUUCAGUAUAGCCUGAAAACAAGCAUUCUCCAUUAUGACCAUGCAAAUUCAUGCUUAAUACCGUCCUGAACAAAAGGGUUUUAUGGUGAGACAUACAAGUGAAUAAAGGUCCACUAUUUCUGGUUUUUUUUUGUAAUUAGAUGUGUUUAUGUGGGGUAAGAGAGAGUGACCCUAGUGGUAAAAAAAGUGAUGUUGUAAGAUGAAAGUUGGGUUGGUACUGGUGUUAUCUGCAUACAGAAUGCUAGCAUGACAGGUUUUUCUGUUUUUCUGUUAAUCUGUUCAUCACAAUAAAAGUUUUGUUAAUUGUUA